AUUAUGCUGCACCAUCGAAGAAGUAGUUACGGAAAAUUUUUUUUUAAUUUCGUGCUUUGAUUUAGCGGAGAAGGUGUUUAUCGGACGUUAGCGAAAUCUAGUAAACCUAUAUCGGUUUAUUAAUUACGUGCGCAGCCAGUGUGUAUGUGGUCACAUGAGUGUUGUUUCUUCUUUAUUUCAAAAGAUUGAAUAAUUUUUAUCAUAUCAGUAUAUUCUGCGGGCGAUAAAGUUGGCAUAAUGCGACACAUACAGUCAAGUGUUGUUGAACUCGUUAACUCGUUACGAUUAUUUUAUAUUUUCUAAGCUAGUUAAUAUUACAAGUAUUUGCUGCAGUUUGUAUUUUAAAGUGCCGUCGUGGGUAUGUGUUUGCGGAAGUGCGAGCUAGAUUGAUGGAAGCCUUUACACCGCAUUGGUUAUACACAUAGGGAGGUGAUGGCUUUCUAAAAUACUCAUUUAAAAUUAAAAUACUCAAAUGAUUGUUCGAUACGGGAGGGUCUGAAGGAGAUUAAUAUGAUGCAGUUUUCAUACUUCUACAGAACCUUGUAGUUGGCGAACGGUGGUAAUCAGGAGAACUGAAGAAAAAUCGCUUCCGAAGGUUAUGCACCGUAAUUUAUGCACCGGUUUGAAUUAUCGUUUCGUUUUGUUAUUUGUGGAUCGGAAACUCGUCAUUAUCAGUGCUAGUGCUAGCUAGUCAUUAUUUUUGUGAAAAAUGAUUUUCAAAAACGGUGUGCAUCGGACGUACACUUACCAAAACUCCAGCGGCAACAAUGAGACCUUUCCAUGGACGGAAGUGCAAAUCUUGCGCGGACUGCAGGAGAAUGUCGAUGUUAUGUUUCUGCUGAUCUGUGGCUUUUUUAUAUUCUUUAUGAAAGCUGGAUUUGCUUUUUUGGAAGCCGGCGCGGUGCGACGGAAAAGUGUUGUGAACAGUUUAUUUCGAAAUUUUAUGGAUUUAUACAUAUGCGGGACAGCGUAUUGGUUGUUCGGGUACGGUCUGGCGUUCGGCAAUACCGGUAACCCUUUUGUUGGCCAUGAUCCCCGCUAUUUCGCACUGGCCUGGGUGUCCACGACGGAGUAUGCCAUGUGGUUCUUCCAAAUGGUCUUCGGUGAAGCCGCCGGCACCAUUAUGUCCGGUGCAGUGGCCGAGCGAGCCAAUUCCCUGGGAUAUAUUGUUGCCAAUUUUAUGGUCACAGGAUUUGUGUAUCCCAUCGUCACACACUGGGUGUGGUCACCGGAUGGGUGGCUGAUCAACGGCGACGGCGUCGUGGGCUUCACCGAUUUCGCCGGAAGUGGGUGUGUCCAUGUCGUCGGCGGUGCGUGUGCGCUAGUGGCCAGUUUAUUCGUGGGGCCGCGCAUGGGACGUUUUGAUCACAACGGUGCCUCACAAGAGCUGAAAGGCCAUAACCUGCCCUUCACCGCUCUGGGCGCCUUGAUUCUGUUCUUCGGAUUUUUGGCCUUUAACGCCGGGUCGCAGAAGAGUAUUUCACAACCGGGUGACGGGGCCAUCGUCGGCCGGGCGGUGGUCAACACCGUCGUUGCGGCAUGCUCCGGUGGCUGGGCGUUGACAUUUUUAGUGAAAAUCAAGGAAAAGCGAUGGAGUUUGAUGCAGGGAUUAAACGGAGCUUUGGCGGGAAUGGUGGCCAUAUGUGCCGGAUGCGCCUCCAUGCACCCGUGGGCGGGCUGUUGUACGGGGAUUAUCGCUGGAUUUGUUUAUUAUUUCUAUAGUCAAGUCACUCCCCGCGUCCGCAUUGAUGAUCCCGUAGAUGCCAUUGCGCUGCAUCUGGGAGGAGGCUCAUGGGGCGUUAUGGCCUACGCUAUUUUUGCUGAUGAUGGAAUUCUGCUUAAUUGGAGCAAAGAAUCGUUUCUGAUUCUGGGAUGGCAAACGGCGGGGUUGGUGGCCAUCACGGCAUGGAGUAUGGGCGUCACCGCGCUGAUCUUCGCCGUGUUGAAGCUGCUCGGUUUGGGCGUGGUCUCGCAGGAGAAGCAGCUGCUUGGACAGGAUGUGCGCGUCCAUCGAGAGUCCGGCUACGGCGAAGACGAUCUGUACUCCUCCAGAAGUUCACUCAUUUCGCACUCUCAGGCCGAGGAUGGCGAACCAGGAGGAAGACCACGUUCGGACAGUAUCGUUUCCGAUCUGGCAUGAUGUGACAUUUCCCAUGUGCUCUGUUUUUGUGAUAAUUCGAUUGUUAAUUCAUGUUAUAUGAUUGUUACGUAUCCAGAAAGCUGAAAAUAAUUUGUGAUAAUUUGGCCUGGUGUUUUGGUGUGCUCUGAAAUGCAUUUGUUAAUGCCCUACAUAAUUAUGUUGUGCAGACUGUACUCUGCAUGUACAGCACGUGUAGUUAUCACGCCGCCGUCGGUAGUUAACGUUGCUUGCGAAAUGUUGCGCUGAAUUGAUUGAAUUCGGUCUUUA